AAGUAUUAAUUAACCAUUACCAAAACUUAACGGCUUUGGAAAUUGAAUACGAACCAUCCGAAAAAGAUAACAAUUUGCACCUUAACCAGUUAAUAAUUGAACUCAACCGCUUAAUUAAGAAGACUAGCGAGGAAUACGAAGUGCAAAAAAAAAGACUUAAUUUUUUGUUUAAACAAUUAGAAAAAGUUAAGAGUUUGCAAACUUACCAGACCAAUCCCCAAUUGUUAAACGCCUUUUUAACUAUUAUGGGUUUCUACUACCAAACCGACUUCAACCUGGAAAAAAUGACAACGAGAAUGACCGAGGAAUUAGAGCAAAUAAGAAAAAAAAUUGAACCCGAAGACAAGACCUUAACCAGUUAUAAUUUUGAGGAAUUAGAGCAAGAAUUAGAAAGACGAAAAAAAUUAAGUGAGGAAGCCCGAGAAAAAAUAUUAAAAGAUUGA